GCCGAUUCCGAGAUAGGAGCGACCAAUGAGGGGCGCGCCGCCGUUGACAUUUCGUGAUACGCUUCCACCGCCCGAUAAGAUAAAGUUGUAGCGCGGCGGCGGUGCAGUGGCCCCCGUGAAUCGGUCGAAGAUGCACUCUCAGCGCGCACGCGGAGUGUUAGUGAUAAUAAGUGUCCUAGUGUACGCGGGCUGGGCUCGGGGCGAGGGUCGGCCGUGCGACGUCUCCGUGCCAGAUGUCAACAAUCUCACGCUUAACUGUUCCCGGCGGGAUAUCACUGAGAUACCUGACUGGCCGGAGCGACUUACCACAGCCGUUGACAAAGAUCACGUGCUGGUUACCUUCUUCAAUAACAGCAUAACGAAUGUGACGCGGCUACCCAGCCUCCCAGGCAGUAGAAUAGCAAUCAGCUUCAAAAACAACCGCAUUAGAGACGUACAAGAGGACGCGUUUAGAAACAUACAGCGCCUCGUCUACUUGGAUCUUAGCAAUAACUGUAUAUCAGGUGAUGUGCUCCGCAGCGAGAUAUUCCAAGGUCCCUACAGCGAUGGAGUAUACGGCAGCCUCGCGCUGGAGACCCUCAACUUGGGCUUCAACGAGAUCCACUCCCUGGACAGAUACCUGUUCCAGUACACGCCCAACCUGACCAGGCUCUAUCUGAACAACAAUCCCAUUGAGAUAUUAGACCAUGUGACGGUGUUAGCGUUGUCGAGCGCGACGAAUUUGGAGGUGCUGGACCUCUCAAAGACUGCCAUCGACAGUAUCCCGUUGGACGCGUUCAGAGGCCUGGUCAACCUGCGCCAACUAGAUCUAUCUGGGAAUGGGUUUGUGACAGUCCCUGAAAGCCUCAGCUUGGUUGGCAGCACUCUGCAGUAUUUGACCUUCAACAACAACCCUAUUAUAGAGCUCAAUGACGAUAGUUUUGUGGGACUAUCCAACGUGCUGGAACUAGAAGUGGGAGAGAACGACUAUUUGGAAGAAGUGAAGCGUAGCACGUUCACACCGCUCAAAAGCUUGCGAGUCCUGCACCUGUGCCACAACAAAAACCUAAAAUACAUAAGCCACAACGCGUUUAGAUCUAUCAAAGAGAAGCUAACGCUAAAAGAGGUAUACCUUGAUAACAACAAUCUGAGCGAACUACCAACGGAUCUACUCGUUUGGAGUCAGCUGGACAUACUGGGCAUGAGCGGCAACAGUUGGCUUUGCAACUGUGAUCUCGCCGAUAUUGUGGUCAAACAAGGAGCAGGAACAAAGUUUAAGACAGAUGAAAUACCUCAUUGUGCUGCACCUAUGCGGUUAAGCGGGGCAUACAUUACCAACAUAACCAUACCCUUCUGCCCUGUGUUUGACACAUCCUUUACAUAUAAAAGAGGCUUUACUCUAUCAGAUUUAAAACCCAAGCAUGUUCUAUGGAGCAUCUUAGGUGUCGCUACAGUAGUAGGUGUGGGUAUGAUAUGUGGUCUACUAGUUAAUGCAGCUAAAGCUUUCUACAGGAGAAAAUUGAGAGCAGAACCCAUCCGUUACUUCAAUAUAAAUGAAGAUUCAGAGUUUGCAUAACUUAAAAAUUGUAUAUUAUAUAAUAAAUUAGUUGUCAGUAUUUUCCUUAACAUGAAUCAACAUAUUAUAAAUAAAAUGUUUUUAGAA